CUACCGUACACACUGCUUACAGGGUCCUUACGCCGCAAUGUGUUGUAAAGUGUCAUUGUUACUAAGGUUUAAACAGUUACUAGUGUGAGGCGAAUUAGUGUGUACCAGAAUUACUUGUAACUGAUUGUGAGCUAUUAUUACACGAUUAUCAUUUCUAAAACAAAUAGAACGAGUGAAGAUGCUAAGUAAGAGUGUUGUGAGGACGUGUUUGGGCUGCGUGCGUGGGGUUUCGUCUUCUAGCUUUCGACUGAAUUCUCCAGAAAGUUCUGUCAGUGCCUCUCACACACACAGAGAAGGGAUCAAACGUAGGGAACUGGAGAAAAAUGAAAUGCGACCGCUCUACAUGGACUUCCAGGCGACAACACCAAUGGACCCACGAGUCCUGGAUGCCAUGCUUCCUUAUCAAGUGAACUACUACGGCAAUCCACACUCCAGGACCCAUGCUUAUGGGUGGGAAAGUGAGAGUGCAGUGGAAAGAGCAAGAAAACAAGUGGCGGAUCUUAUUGGUGCUGAUCCACGAGAAAUUGUCUUUACCAGUGGUGCCACAGAGUCCAACAAUAUGUCUAUUAAAGGUGUGGCCCAUUUCUAUAAAGCCAAGAAGAAACACAUCAUCACCACACAGACUGAGCACAAGUGUGUACUAGAUUCCUGUCGUGUCCUAGAGGCUGAGGGAUUUAAAGUAACCUAUCUGCCCGUAAAGAACAAUGGCUUGAUUGACCUUCAGCAAUUAGAGGAAACAAUACGUUCUGAUACAAGCUUGGUAUCUGUGAUGACUGUUAACAAUGAGAUUGGAGUCAAACAGCCAAUCAAAGAAAUAGGUCAGAUCUGUAGGUCCAAGAACGUCUUUUUCCACACUGAUGCAGCCCAGGCGAUCGGAAAAAUCCCCAUCAAUGUCUCUACCUUGAAAGUGGAUCUAAUGUCUAUUAGUGGACACAAAUUAUAUGGCCCCAAAGGUGUAGGUGCUCUGUAUUUGAGGCGGAGGCCCAGGGUUCGUCUCGAGCCUUUGCAGAGUGGAGGGGGUCAGGAGAGAGGCCUGCGCUCAGGCACUGUACCCACUCCACUGGCUGUGGGUCUCGGCACUGCCUGCGAGAUUGCCCAGCAAGAAAUGGAGUAUGACCAUGCCAGAGUCUCCAUGCUUGCUAACCAACUUGUGCAGAAGAUAAUGUCUGAGAUUCCUGAUGUUGUGAUGAAUGGAGAUCCUGAACAGAGAUAUCCAGGAUGCAUCAAUUUAUCAUUUGCCUAUGUUGAGGGAGAAAGUCUGCUGAUGGCCUUAAAGGAUGUUGCACUUUCUUCGGGAAGUGCAUGCACGUCUGCCUCUUUAGAACCUUCCUACGUAUUGAGAGCAAUAGGAACAGAUGAAGAUCUUGCCCAUUCCUCAAUCCGGUUUGGAAUUGGGCGCUUUACUACAGAGGAGGAAGUGGACUACACAGCAGAGAAGUGCAUUCAGCAUGUUCAGCGUUUACGGGAGAUGAGUCCUCUGUGGGAGAUGGUGCAGGAAGGCAUUGAUCUGAAAAGUAUCAAAUGGACACAGCACUGACGAACCUGUCAGGAUGAAAUGAUGGAGGAUGACUGCAGUGUGAAUAAUUAGUUUGUAUAGCUUACCUAAGACUGCUCUUUUUUCAUGUACAAGAAACACACACAAUUAUCUAUUUGUUUUGAAAAUCUAGAACAUUUUUCAGUAGUGUUUUGAGUGGAGUUCCAUAGGAGAGGAUUCAUUAGAAUUAGUUUUAUCAAUAUAGAGUAUUGGAACCAUAUGAGCUAGUAAUGUUUUUAUGUUGUUUUUUUUUCUGCAUUCCUGUGUUCUGGUCAUUCACACUGCAUAAACCAAUCAUCUUUAUAUGUACUCUUUGUCUCUUAGUGUCGUGUGUUCAGUUGUAUAUAAAGCUUAGGUUUGUCUCUCA